UUGCUGAUAAAAUUGGGUUACAGAAUACGCCGACCGGUUAUAAUUUGAAGUUUUUUUAUACCCAAUAAACGCUUAAAAUUCGUUUAAAUUAUGACAAACUGACAAUUUAAAAUAAAAGAUUGACCAACUAGCAAGGGUCGAAAAUCGAUUUUAUUCCCAAUAUUAAAAACUAUGAUAAGUGAUUGAUCGUCUUUGCCCCGGAUAUGAACAUCAUCGAAGAAUUAAUAAAAUUGAUAUUUUUUUAUAGCAAUUUUUGGUCUGUUAUUUACAAGAAACUUUUCACCGAAAGGAAAAACGGUUUAGUGAUACUUCACAAAAGUGAUAAUUUCAUUGUUGUGAGCAAAGAGCAUGAUGUGCUUAUCAACAGCAAUGACCCGACGGUAUCUGGAUCUCUUCACAGGCGGCUCAGCCACGAAUUCCCCGGCCUGAUAAACCCAAAACUUCAGCACGACUUUUACUUCGUCCACAGGCUCGACUAUGUCACAAGCGGUGUGAUAUGCAUCGCUCUGAACAAAAAGGCGUGCAAGGCUGCGACUACAGCUUUCGAGAGGAGGGCCGUCCAGAAGUACUAUCUAGCCCUCGUAAGAGGACACGUCAGCCAGGAAAUACUGUCCGUCGAUAUUCCCAUAGGAGAGGUUGCCAGUGAGCAAUUUGGGAGCCACCGUAUGACGACAGUGAAUGAAACCUGCUUGAACCCACGUUCGGCCCAAACGAGGAUCCUCGUACUCGAGAGGGGCCUGUACGACUCCUACCCAGCGAGUAAAAUACUCAUGCAGCCGAUAACUGGAAGAAGGCAUCAGCUGAGGGUUCAUUGCGCCUACUUGGGCCACACAAUCAUCGGCGAUUUUACUUACAGCAGACAACGCGACAUCAGCCCUAUCCGAACAUAUUUACACGCUCUUAAGCUUGUGCUUCCUAACAAUGUGGAGUGCCUGGACAUCGAGACGCCAGAUCCAUUCUCAAAAUGCAACAAAUGGAUUUCUAUAGAAUCUAUCAAUUCUUUAGGGGCUGAGGCUUUUAUGAAAUUGAGUGGGAUAAGCUGACUUCAAUUGGAAAUAGUUUAGUUUUAAGAUAAGAACAAUUGUGUCAAAGUGUAUCUCAGAUACAAAUAUAUAAUUUUUGAAUGAAUAAAAUAAUUUUUUACUGGA